AUGGAACAGUGUGAAGAAACUGAUAUACCUAGCACAACAAAUGCUAAAGCAAAUAUUUCUCCUAAAUCAAAGCAAAAAAAGAAAUCUCUUUGCUGUAUGCUUAUGAAUAAAAAGACCAAGAUUGGAUGUCUAGAAACAUCUUACAAAGAUGGUAAUUCAAAUAAAAAUUCUAAAAUGGAAAAUUCACAACAUGGAUCUCACACUAGUACAAAACUUUCAUUAUGCUGUGCAAUGACUGAACGCAGUAGAACACCGCCACAGAGUUUGACUGUUAGUAGAUUAUCUUCAACUACAUUAAGCCAUGCAUCUGUCAAAUCUGAUGUAGCAUCUGCAAAUGGAAAUUGUCAAACAGAUGUAAUGGUAGAAAAAGAAGAAAAAGAAGAAAUGUACAUAGCAAAUAGUACACAUAAUGUUCAAGAAAAUAUAGAAAAGAAUAGUGUUUUUACAGGAAAAGAGCGACAAAGUACAUUUAUUGAAGAGUCAACAGAAGAUUCAUUUGAGGAAUCAUCAGAAGAUGAAAAUGAACUUCUAAUUGAUUAUGAAAAAAAUGAUAAAAGCUUAAAGGAUGAGUAUUUUACAAAAGGAAAAUAUAUCACUUAUUUCUUCUUGGAAAUGGAACGGCAGUUCUACAAUCCUUUUGAAGUUUACAGUAUGGUUCAAUACCAUGAAUCUAAGAAUACUGAAAAACCAGGAAAAGAAGGUGAGAAUUCAUCCUCAGGAUCUAUUUCUCCAAGUGUGCCUACUUAUUUAAGGCAAAGACUAAUUCACAGGCGAUCUGUGGAUAAUUUAGUAGGAAAUUCACCAACAAAUUCUAUGAGACAUUCAAGUCCAGAAUCUAUAAAAAGUGCACCUGUUCAACUUAAACCACGUUCUACAUCUCAUGAUGCUUUAUCCAAAAAAAAAGAACGCCAUCCAUCCCAAACAGCUGGAGCAUCUAUGGAUAGUUUAGCAAAACAAGCAUUGUUAGCUGCUCAAGUUCUUAAUUUGAUUCCAACACAAAAAGCACGAGAAAGGAAUUUUCUUCAUGGAAGAAUUGCUGCAAAUUCUUUGCUUGGUCCAGUAGAACUUGAAAAAGUACUACCAAACAGAGAAUUAAAAAUUUUUAUUGGAACAUGGAAUAUGAAUGGACAGAAUCCACCAAAAGAGUUAAAUGAUUUCAUGUUACCUUCAGAUAUAGAAACUGUUCCGGACUUGUUAGCAAUUGGAACACAAGAAUCUUGUUCUGAGAGAAGUGAAUGGGAAGCAGCUUUACAAGAAACUCUUGGACCCUCUCAUGUUUUACUUUAUAGUACUGGUUUAGGAACACUACAUCUUGCACUUUUCUUAAGGAGAGAUCUAAUUUGGUUUUGUUCUAUUCCUGAAGACGCUAGUUUUUCGACUAGAACAGGAACUGCUUUUAGAACAAAAGGAGCAGUAGCUAUAGCUUUAAUGUUAUUUGGUACAAGUUUUCUGUUUGUUACUGCACAUUUAACUGCACAUCAAGAUAAAGUUAAAGAAAGAGUAAAUGAUAUUAAAAGGAUAGUUAGAAAUCUUGAUCUUCCUAAAGAUUUACCUACAAGACAUAAAAGCAAAGAUGUAACUCAAAAUUUUGACUGUGUCUUUUGGUGUGGUGAUUUAAAUUUUCGAUUAGCUCAGCCAAGAGAAGAAGUUAUUCAAUGGGUUACAGAUACAUGCUUUCCUCAGCAACUACCUGUAAAUUUGCACAAAGACCAAUUACAAACAAUUCUUAAUGAAGGAGCAGUUUUACGUGGUUUUGAGGAAGCACCAAUUACAUUUCCUCCUACAUAUAAAUAUGAUCCUGGAACACAAAAUUUUGAUUCAAGCAGUAAACAACGUACACCUGCUUACACUGAUAGAAUUCUUUUCAAGGGGAAAGGACACACAAGAGGAUAUAUUAGAAGAGUUAGUCACGAAAGCUCUAAUUCAUAUAAAGAUGGAGUUAUAGAAUGUUUAGUCUAUGAUUCUGUACCAAGCAUUUGCACUUCAGAUCAUAAACCUGUAUGGGGUGUUUUUAAAACAACCAUAAGACCUGGUAUUGAUACUAUUCCUCUAGGUGGAGGCUUGUUUAAUCGUGAAAUAUAUUUAGAAGGUAUAAAAAGACGAGCAGCUGCUAUGGAUGAAUCUCAUGGAACUUCAAAAGUAUGUUCAAUUCAAUAA